CCUGCAUAAAUAUAUUGGUGACCCGGAAGGACGCGGUUUGCUUUAUAAACAUGGAAAGUUUGUGUUUCCAUCGCAUUUUUAUACAUUUUCGGGAUAAAAUUUAAUUUUAAUAACACAUCAAAUUAUGGUUUGGACGUCAAUUCAGGUGGCCAUAUGCAUGACUGCGCAAACGAUUUUACCAGAGCAAAUCUUCACCGAAGGUCUCAACUGGGGUAUUUCCUAUGAGUUACCGAAUGACACCUCAUCGAUUAAACAAUUUUUUAAACCAAAACCCGUUUUGCAAAGAAGACAUCGAAGAGAUUUGUAUCAAAAAAUGGAGGUUAUUAUGAACUCCAUGGGUUUCGAUGGUCGUUCUUGUAUCUUGAAAGCAUUGUGUGAGACUACUAGAAAGCUUAUGCCCCGAGGUAACACCAUUGUGGAAGAACUCUUGAGGAUCGUUUUCAGAUUUCCCCAACAGCAUCUGCUGAAUUCUGAACCCGAGGAUCAUCGCAUCUACCACUGGGCUUCUCGAAUGGGGAAAGACUCCGCGAAGGAGUGCACCGACAUGUUUCCAGGAUGCACCUUUUCUUUGAUCGACAUGGCACUCGGAGAGUAUUCCAGUUACUUUUAG